CGUGGGUGACAGAGUUUGUCGAAAUAGUUCAAAGGUUGAACAAAAGAGUGGAAAGCGAGUCGGCAAUUCCAGGGCAAACUUUCAACGCGUAUUCCAGGUUGGAACCAGCUGGCCUGCACGUUAUCAACUGGAAGCGAGACAGUGCAUGAGACACGCGGUGCCAGACACUACGUCUUCGAUCCUGGUCUUGCAGAACCACUGUCUGUAGCGCUCCGAAACUACGUGUUUGUAGGGAAGUGAGUUUAGAAGUCUCGUUACAGAGACAGAGCAACGGAAGAGAGAACUUGCAGAUAAAGCCAUACAGCCAUCAUGCCCGUGGUUAUGAACACCGGCGAAGAAGCUCAGGCUGAGGCAAGCGGCGGGAACACCGACGACAUGGCGCGCCUUGUCAAACAAGUGAGCAUCGAAAGUCCAACUCACAAACUGAAGGAAUGUAUUUUCAACUUCGAAACUCCAAUGCCAGAAAUACCUCCUGCAGGAGCUCGAGUCAAGGUUCGCAACGCAGGUGUAUGUUAUCGCCUACGCUCAGCCUCCUCGUCCUCAAGCAUCAAGUCUGUGGACUCGCUGCACUGCGGAUCUCCUCUCCAUCACUCCGUCCGCGAUACCGCUCUCUUCCCUGGAUACGAGGUUGCUGGUACUGUUGAGGCCCUAGGUGUUGAGGUUACAGAAACAGAUUUGCAAGUUGGAGACAGAGUCAUUGUGUAUCCUUACGAAGGUCAUCCACCAGGCUAUGCAGAAUACAUUGCUGUGCCAGAUGUCCAAUAUUUAAUCAAGGUGCCAGAGAACAUGAACCUCAGCACAGCAGCUAUGCUUCCUUCAGGGGCACUCUGGGCUAUGAACACAGUGUUCAGUGCUCACAACCAUGUUGAAAAGGUCCUUUCUGAGAAGGGUGAAACAGGACAGUGUAAGAUUUUGUUGGUAGGCACAGGAGGUCUUGCACUGUGGGCCAUGAGAAUUGCACGGUUUUAUUGGCCACAGAAAAGGGAUCGCAUUGUUAUUGCAGUUGCUUGCCUCAGAGAUGAAGGGAUUUCUAUUGCUCAGGAGUACCUCAGGGUGAAUGUGGUACAGUGGAAUGAGGAUCUGUAUGAAGAACAGCUUGUGGAGAGAACUAAAGAUGCCUGUGGAGGACCUGUGGACAUUGUUAUUGAUUUCAGUGCCACCUCACGCUCAAUUCGGAGAGCACUCAAGUGCCUGGCUCCAGGUGGUGUAAUGCUGGUCAGUUCUGAGCACUCUGAGGGCCUUAUUUCUCGCUACAGUUCUCUGGCUGAAAAGGAAAACCACCAACUUAUCCCUAUUGAGUUUGGAACCUUAAAUCAACUCAGGAACCUCGUUCAUCUUGUAUCUACUGGAGAGAUUGAACCUCCACCUCACACUAUUUUCUCUGCUGACCGUGCAAAUGAAGCCUUAGCUAAGAUUGGUCGUGGACUCAUUCCUGGAAGGGCAAUUUUAGAGUUUCCUGAGGAUGAUGAGGAUGAAGAAGAAUAAAUAACAAAGGACAAUACAAACAGUAUUCAGAGAAGUGGAGAAAAUAUACUGAAGCAGUACUACCAACUCUUCAGUUUUAUAUUCCCAAGGGACUGAGUGUCUCCAUGAAAAUUUCAACUGCAUUUGCAUGGAGACUAAGAUAUAACCCUAAGGAAAGAAACAGAAUAAAGAGCAAAAAUCACUUUAUAUUUUUUAGAAUAUUUGAUCAUAGAAUAUAGAACAAAAUAAUCUUGAAUCAUCCAAUGGUGAGUUAAAGAUAGCUGUAAUCCUCUUAUUAAGGAAAUUCAAAUAGGAACUGCAAGUGCAUCAUUUUAUAAUCAAUGCAGCAGGUAAAAUGAGUAAGUUAUAGAUGCAACAUCAGUAAUCCGAUCAGUACUAGAACAGGAGUUAUUCCUUCAAGCCUAUAGCCUCAUAAGUGGCUGUUCUUCCUUUUGAUGUUGUCUUCAAUUGCAGCUAAGUAUUUACCACAUUGUAACAAAGUAAAAGAAAAAAAAAAGUGUAGAGUGAAAUAGAAGGCACGUGUUCUAUAUAGGUGUACUGUAUGUACAGUAUUAGAAAUUAUGAUUUUGCACAACAUAAUCUUUGCUUUACCAUGGACAAGGAUUUUUGUUUCAUAUAUUUUAUAAUCAAAAUUCAAGGUUUAUGACUACAGUGAAACCUCUUUAUCAAGGAGUAGUUUGAACAGAAUUCAAAAUAUUUUAGGGUUGCUUUACAAUAAAGUAUCUCUUGCCUGGAAAAAUGCUCCAAUAAGAGCAUGUUCCUUUCAGUUUGAUUCAUAUCAUUUUUUAAAUGAUGAUUAAGAAAUGUUAUAUGAAUUAUGUAGUUCAUACUACAUAUAUAUAUUUACAAGUGUCGUUUUAUUCAUUUUCAAGUAAUGAGUACUUGAAAAUGCAUGUGCAGUCAUCCCUACUCCAUUAAUGUUUUACUCUAAUACAUGGGACGUUUCACAAUAUUAAGGUUGCAUUUGAGGAAAAGGUGCUCCAAAGAGGUUUUAUUGUAAUAUUUCAUUGUUGAAUGAUGUGCAGGUGUAGUUAAGGCUGUGAUAGGAAUGUACAUCAUUCUGUCAAGAAAGAUAGCAGAGAUUACCUGUUUUGUGUGUCACCUUGAUGUCAGUAUACUUGCUGCUCCCGUCUUAUGACAUGUGUCCCAUAAUGUUGCACCUUUUUACAAAUAACAUUUAAGACCUCAGCAAGGAAUGUCUGUAAAAAGGUAUAUUGGUAAAUGAAUUGAAUAAAUUGUAUUAUACAUAGCAUGUAUAAUACUGCAGAUUUCUCUGUGAAAAGAAUAAUAAUAUUAAGUAUAAUUGGAGAGAUAACAUUAUAUACAUAUUAUUUUAUACUACAAAAUUAUAUUUAGAGAUGUAUAUGACAACAGUUUUGAUUUUUUAUACAAUCAUUUUAAUAUCUCUGUUGUGCCAAUAUCAUUUAUGACAUGGUGUAUAGGAUAAUAAUCAUAUAGGAUAAAAAUCUGAUAAAAAUUAUUUUAUAUUUAUCUGUAUAUAUAAAUUCAUAUUGAUGUAUCUAUAUAUCUGUGUAUAUACAUGUGUGUGCUAGUAUAUGUACUUGUAUAUGUGUUUAUGUAUAUAAUCUAAUGUGUAUAUACAUACACACACACACACACAUAUUCACAUAAAUAUUUACACACACACACACACACACACACACACACACACACACACACACACACACACACACACACACACACACACACACACACACACACACACACACACACACACACACACACACACACACACACACACACACACACACACACACACACACACACACACACACACACACACACACCAUACAAAUGCACACCUACUUGUAUGUAUACAUGCACAGUUGUACACAUGCAUGAAAGCGAAAAUUAAUAAAAACUUCAUAUAAACAGAUAUACAUCAUGAUCCAGCAGUAAUUACUGUAUGUAGUCGAAAUGAGAAAGACAUAACUAGGUAAUAAGUGUGAAGAGCAGGCACUCCAACUUCAUGAGCAGCCUUUAUGUGCAGUGUUGUUUCGUUUGUACAAGAUGUUCUCGCAAGUACAGAGUACGGCAAGUAAAGAGAAAUGCUUCAGUCAUCGCUGGUCAAGCUCUACGCUUUGCUCUAGGGGCAGGAGUCUGUGUUGCUGAAUGGUGGCCUCUUAUUUCUAGUUGUGUUUAUAGUUUCGUUUUAUAGGCGAUUUUAUCUGUUACAGCUUGUGGUGUUAAAAAAUACAUACAUCACUGUAAGUAUCAUUUCUAAUUGCAAUUAAAAUAUACAUGUAUAC